CAGGGAAGUGAUGUGUCCAGCGGGUGAGACUGGAAGUCUCCUUACUGCCUUCUUGGCCUGGAAUCCCGCAGCCAUCUCCGGAAGCAGAGUCCAGGAGAUGGGAAGAGAGGCCAGCCCGGGUCCGACGCGAACCUCACAGGCCUGGCUGGAAUGACUCAUCCCGCUAGGUUGGGCCUGGGACGACUGGCGGUUCGCGAAGCCACGCCCCGCGCACGCGCACUCGGAGUCAUGUGGCCACGUAUGCGGUCAUGUGACAUGGGGGCGUUGCCCAGCGGGCGGGCGGGAAGCAAACUGCUUGAGGAACUGUGGCGGUAGCAGCUUCCAUGGCAGCGCUCUACGGCGGCAUAGAGGGGGGAGGCACGCGUUCCAAGGUCCUUUUACUCUCUGAGGAUGGGAAGAUGCUGGCAGAAGUGGAUGGACUCAGCACAAACCACUGGCUGAUCGGGACACACGAGUGUGUGGAGAGGAUCAAUGAGAUGGUGAACAGGGCCAAAGAGAAAGCCGGGGUGGAUCCUCUGAUACCUCUGCGCAGCUUGGGCCUGUCCCUGAGCGGUGCGGAGCCGGACAAAGCUGUGAGGAUCCUGAUGGAGGAGCUGAGGAAUGGAUUUCCCCACCUGAGUGAAAGCUACAUCAUCACCACUGACGCCGCUGGCUCCAUCGCCACAGCCACCCCGGAUGGUGGGGUCGUGCUCAUCGCAGGGACAGGCUCCACCUGCAGGCUGGUCAACCCCGACGGCUCCGAGAGCGGCUGCGGCGGCUGGGGCCACAUGAUGGGGGACGAGGGCUCAGCUUACUGGAUCGCACACCAAGCAGUGAAAAUAGUGUUUGACUCCAUUGACAACUUAGAGGCGGCUCCUCAUGACAUUGGCUACGUCAAGCAGGCCAUGUUCAGUUAUUUCCAGGUGCCAGAUCGGCUAGGAAUUCUCACUCACCUGUAUAGGGAUUUUGAUAAAAGCAGGUUUGCUGGGUUUUGCCAGAAAAUUGCAGAAGGUGCUCAGCAGGGAGACCCCCUUUCCCGGUACAUCUUCAGGAAGGCUGGGGAGAUGCUGGGCAAGCACAUCGUAGCUGUGCUGCCUGAGAUUGACCCGGUCUUGUUCCAAAGGGAGAAUGGCCUCCCCAUCUUGUGUGUGGGCUCCGUGUGGGAGAGCUGGGAGAUGCUGAAGGAAGGAUUCCUUUCGGCACUGACCCAGGGCAGAGAGAUCCAGGCUCGGAACGCUUUCACCAGCUUCACCCUGAUGAAGCUGAGGCACUCUUCGGCCCUGGGAGGGGCCAGCCUGGGGGCCAGGCACACCGGGUACCUCCUCCCCAUGGACUACAGCGUCAACGCCACUGCCUUCUUCUCCUACACCUUCCCCUAGGGGGCUGGCUCCAGCUCACCUCCUCCAGGCCCAGUGGACAUUGGGUGCUGGAAGGGGGAAGGCUUUUUCUUCAAAACAACACAUAGAGAAGAAAAUAAACGCACUUUACUUACUCCCCGA